GUCAAUGUGCCAGCACCAAACUGCAAUCAAAUGGUUCUUUUACAUUUGUAAUAGGUGACUCUGACUCACUAAAUAGGGAUGAAUAUAUGAGGGAGAGAGGUGCUUUUAUAAUCUGAGUUUCCUACAUGGUAUCUGGGAGAGAGAGAGAUUGAGAGAGAAAAAAAGAGAGAAAUCCUUUCUGGGUUUUGAAGAUAAGUGCUAGAUAGAGCAUAUCCCAACUGGGUUUUUCUUGCGCUUUUGAUUAGGAGGUGGUUUGUGGAGAUCUAGAGAGAUGUUGGAAGGGAAAGCUUUGAUAAAGGACACAGACAUGCCAGAGAAGAUGCAGAUCCAAGCAAUGUCUUCUGCUUCUCAAGCUCUGGAUCUCUAUGAUGUUUUUGACUGCAAAUCUAUUGCUACCCACAUCAAAAAGGACUUUGACAAGAGAUAUGGGAACGGAUGGCAAUGUGUGGUGGGCUCAAAUUUCGGUUGUUUCAUCACUCAUUCAAAGGGAACUUUCAUUUAUUUCACAUUGGAGACUCUAAAGUUCCUUAUCUUUAGAGGGGCUUCUUCUUCUCCCUCUUCUUCCCCCUCAUCUUCUCCUUGAUGCAUGUUUGGCUGCAAAGAAAGUACUUCUUUUUUUUUUGUUCUCUUAAGGUAGCUAGCAAAGAAAGUUCGAGAGAGGGGAAAUGUAAUAGAUAGAAGUGCAAUCCCUUCUCUGCAGGUACAAGCUAGGCUGUUUUCAGAAAAUGCAGGGGUAAAGGAAGAAGAAAGCAACUGGCAUCCACAUGCUAAAAUCUGGUCUUUUGGAUCAUCCUCUGUGUUUUUAUGAGCCUUGUAAUGCUAUAGAGGAGCAUUUCAAUGCCUCCUUUGUACCCAUAUAAUAUAUGUGUGUGUGUGUGCGCGCGCGCGCGUGAGUGUGUAGAUAGUAAUCUUGUGUGCAGAUAUCUGAGACUUCUUUUCAUUGUGUCUUA